AUGGCAUCACCGGGCUCUGAUUGGCCGCCGCUGCCGCGAGCGCCGGAGUCCGAGAGAGGGGGGCGUGUCUGGGGCGCCGUAUAUGAGCGGCUGUCCUCCUGUCCACCGGCAGAAGGAAACGCUCUCACACAGCACAGCAACAGGAGCUCCUCCUGGAGGUUACACACUAACAGAGAGCCGCCUCCGCUUCUCCUGCCCCAGCGGACCCACUCGGACUCCAGCAGAGUUUAUUUCUUCCAGCAGCAGCACAGAGAGGAGCGGAACUUUUUCGACAUGCGGUCUGUGUACCAGCACCUCGUCAGCCUGCUGUUCGUCUUCAACAGCCUGCGGCUCCCUCAGCUGACCGACGGCUGCUCGUGCGCGCUCACGCACCCGCAGGACGCCUUCUGUAACUCCGACAUAGUGAUCAGAGCUAAGGUGGUCGGCAAGAAGCUGCUGAGAGACGGACCUUUUGGAACAAUGCGCUACACCAUCAAGCAGAUGAAGAUGUACAAAGGAUUCGAGAAAGUUCAGCACGUGCAGCACAUCUACACGGACGCCUCCGAGAGCUUGUGCGGCGUCAAGUUUGAGAUCAACAAGUACCAGUACCUGAUCACAGGUCGGGUGUACGACGACAAAGUUUACACAGGGCUCUGCAACUUCAACGAACGGUGGGAACGACUGUCGCUGGCGCAGAAGAAGGGCUUCAACCACCGCUACCAGCUGGGCUGCAACUGCAGGAUUAAGCCCUGCCACUACCUGCCCUGCUUCGUGACUUCGAAGAACGAGUGCCUGUGGACGGACAUGCUGUCCCAUUUUGGCUACCCCGGCUACCAGUCCCGACACUACGCCUGCAUCCAGCAGAAAGAAGGCUACUGCAGCUGGUACCGAGGCAUGACCACCCGCGACAAAACCAUCAUCAACGCCACUGAUCCCUGAUUCCAGGCACACCCCGCCCAGAAAGCAACGCUCCCCCGCCCCGUUUCUGUCCCCCAUCUCGGAUUCCUCUUACUGGACUCGUGUCGGCCUUCUUUAAAAAGGCAGAAAAGAGCAGAUAUAUUACAGUGCCUGUCUGUAGCACUUCUGAUAGAAAAAAGAAAGAGAAAAAAAAAAGCGUUGUUGUAAAGGUUGCCCUUUAGACUUGUAAAGUUUUCCCACUUCAAUCCGCUACCAUCGUGUUUUAAUCCGUGGUAGAAACGGUAGACGUUUAUCAGACGUUUAUACAGGAAGACCGUUGUCAACCUCAGUUGGGAUCUUAAAAUUGAAAAAGUGGACCGACCUUCAGCAGCUAAUCUACUGAUGAUUUGAUCAAUAUCAAUAACAGACCAUCUUCUUCAAGUAACGCACACCAAAUUAAAAAUUGAGAUGAAAUCAGUUCACAACAGUACACCUGCUUAGCAGCAUUGCCAAAACACUUCUCAAUUUGUGCCAAUAUGUGAGGUAUGAAAAUUAUACUUUUUAGGUUCAAAUUCUGAAAAUGUAGUUUCAGAUCAGCCAUGUUCAGUUUUUACUGCAGCAUCUGUCUUUAACACGGCUGUACCUCGGCCCCGUACACUUCCUCCAUUGUUGUGCAUAGAUCAUCAAACGUUAACACUGAUUCAGUGCCAACAGAGGGAGGAGUUCUUUUCUUUUCUGAGUUGUGAUAUUUUAUUUUAUGCUGUAUAUAAAAAUAAGCUGAAGAAAUGCUGAAAUCUCUAUAAUGCAUUUAUUUAUGUUUAUUGGAUUACACAGUAACCCUGUUAUACAUGCAAGAACGGAACUAAAAAAAAGAAAAAGUACAACGCGUCAAAUCAGUCAGCGUGAACGAUGCGCGUCAAAAAUUUAAGGUACUUUUUAUUUUUCUGUUGGAUCAUAUUUCCCUUGGCUGGUACUAUUCAGCAACCCAGUGAUAGUUCAGUUUAAACAGGUUUCACAGUAUGAGAUAUUUUCUAAGUGUAUAUUCAAUCUUUUGUAUUUAACUAUUUUAAAUGAUUAUAUAUAAAACUAUAAAAAAGAAAGUAAUUUUAUUGUCACUAAGAUCAUUCUUCUUCACCUGCUCCAGUUUGGAUUUUUUUUUCUUGUUGGCUUCCUUUCAGUUCAUUCCAUUAGUGGAUGCUGAUUUGCCUCAAAUGGAUUAACAACCCUUAAAAAAUAAUAAUAAUAAAAAAAAAAAUCAGCUAAGUUUCUAUUGAAGGUCUAAGAACCGACCUUACUAAGCGACGAUGCUAAACGUUAGCUUUGCUAAAAUUUGCUAACAAAUUUGAGCUAAAACAAUUUGUUUUUCAACAGUCAGCCUUGAAUUAUUAUUAUUUUCUUAAACAAUUACAUUUUAAUUAAGCUUUAGCUUCUUGUAAGAGCUGUUACCCAAGUUUCUUGACAAUCUUAAACUAAGCUAACCAACUGCUGAUUUCAACAAGCAAAUAGGAGCAACUUCUUCAAGCAACACAUUUCAUUUUCUUAUUAUUUUCUUUUAUGGUCCGAAUUGUCUUCAUUCGUGUCCAUAGGGUUCCUCCUCCAGUUGUGGCAUUUCUGUGUCAUUAUUUCUGUGGUUUCUGUUUGUGUAAAUAUACUGUCUGCUUAACACAGAAAUGAUUGGUCAAAUUAAAACUAGAAAAAAAGAGAAAAACUGAAAUCAAGAAAGCUGUGUACAGUCUGUGUGUAAGCACUGAUUCCUGAAUUGUGUGGGGUGGGUGGGGGUGUUACCAUGUAAGGGUAGACAAAUGUUUGACUUAAUUUCUGUGUUUUAUAUUUUUAUAAUAAAGAUUCAAUGAAAAAUGGA